GAUGUUAUUGUAAUUUGGCACAUGUUCUUCCCCACUCUGAAACUCCCCUAGAUGAGUUUCCGUUUCCUGUUAAAUUAUUAUUAAAAAAACUGUUUUAUCAUACUUGGCUGCCACCAUGCAUGAAUAAACAAUGCAUUCUUGUCUUCUCUCUCCCCCAUACCCUCCUGUCUUGGUUCAUCAACAUACAUCUCCUAAGAUAGUCAAAGUUUCAGUCUUUCCAUUUCUCUGGCAUUUUCCAAUGAAAUUAUAACACCAUGCAAGAAGACAAGCCUAAAUCCAGCACCCAAUUUGAAUCUCUCACAGAAGAGAUCAUCUUCUCAAUCCUAGACCGUUUAGACACCGACCCAGAAUCCAAAAAGUCAUUUUCUCAAGCCUGCAGAUCAUUCUUCGCCAUUGAAUCACGCCACAGGAGAGUACUCAAGCCAUUGGACACUAACCUCAUUGCCAAAUCUCUCCAAAGGUACCCUUUUAUCUCCCAUCUUGAUUUCACCCUCUGUCCCAGAGUGGACGAUGAACUGCUCGUUUCCAUCUCCAACUCCUGCAAGGCCGCCGCCAUUAUCCGCUCCGUUGACCUUUCGCGCUCCAGGUUUUUCAGCAAUGUGGGAUUGUCCACCUUGGUUCUGCGGUGCCCCGGUUUGGUUGAGAUCAAUCUGUGUAAUGCGACGGAGUUAACGGACUCGGCGGCGGCCGCCAUAGCCGAGGCCAAGAACCUGGAGAAGCUGUGGCUGGGGAGGUGUAAGUUGAUAUCGGAUAUAGGGAUUGGGUGCAUAGCGGUGGGGUGCAAGAAGCUGAGAUUGCUGUCUCUCAAGUGGUGUGUGAGAGUUGGGGAUUUAGGUGUGGGGUUGAUUGCUAUCAAGUGCAAGGAAAUCCGCAGUUUGGAUCUCUCCUACUUGCCUAUUACAGAGAUGUGCCUUUUGCCUAUCCUGCAGCUACAACAUCUCAAAGAGUUGAUUCUUGUAGGAUGCCCUGGUGUUGAUGAUGAUGGCCUGGCAAGUUUAAAACAUGGCUCCAACUCUUUAGAGAUACUGAAUGUAUCGUGCUGCCAGAAUAUUAGCCAUGUCGGGUUGUCUUCUCUAUCUAGCAGCAUUUCAUCCCUACGCCAGCUGAAUUUAUCGUAUGGAUCGUAUGUUACAGCUGAUCUAGCAAAAUCUCUGCAGCAAUUUUCACAGUUACAGUCAAUUAGAUUGGAUGGCUGCACAGUAACAUGUUCCGGGAUGGAAUCCAUUGCAGACUGGGUUCCAUCGUUGAAGGAUCUGAGCUUGUGUAAGUGCAUAGGAGUUACCGAUAAGAACCUCUCCUGCAUCAUUCGGAAACAUGGCCAGUUGCAGAAGCUUGACAUUACCUGCUGCCGGAAGAUAAGCUGUGCCUCGAUAGAAAGCAUUACUGAAUCGUGUACCUCCCUCGUUUCGCUAAGGAUGGAGUCUUGUAGCUUGGUUUCGAAAGAAGCUUUCGUGUUGAUUGGUGAGAGGUGUCGUUCCCUCGAGGAUCUGGACAUCACGGAUAAUGACAUCAGUGAUGAAGGUCUGAUUUCGGUUUCUGGAUGCUGCAAUCUGUCGAGUCUGAAGCUCGGUCUAUGCAUGAACAUCACAGAUUAUGGAGUUUCCCAGAUUGGGAAAUGCUUGAAACUAAAGGAGCUUGAUCUGUACAGGUGCGUCGGGAUAAGUGAUGAGGGCAUUGCAGCAAUUGCAGAAGGCUGCUGCGAAGCUCUGGAGAUGAUUAACAUGGCAUACUGUGAAAAAGUGACAGAUAAUUCACUGAUGUCACUGUCAAGAUGUACGAGGUUAAGAACACUAGAGAUUCGAGGUUGCCCUCGUGUCUCUUCUGUCGGGCUGUCAUCGGUUGCUGGUGGAUGCAAGAAACUGGAGAAGCUAGACAUAAAGAAGUGCCACAAUAUUGACAACACGGGAAUGGUCUCUCUGGUGCAAUGCUUACACAGCAUAAAACAGAUAAAUUUGUCGUACUGUUCAGUAACGGACGUGGGGGUUGUGGCGCUGGCGUCGAUGAAGCGUGUGCAGGAAAUGACGAUUUUGCACGUUAAUGGCAUAAGUGGUGAAGGGCUUGCAGGUUCCCUGAUGGCAUUUAGAGGUUUGAGAAAGGUAAAACUCAACAGCUUCUUCAGGCCAUUGCUGGCUGAUGCAAUCAGCCAUGUGGAAGCAAAAGGUUGCAUUUUUCAUUGGAGAAACAAGCCAUUUUAGGUACUUCAAUUCUGUAGACUCAUAUCCACUUGUUAAGCAAAUUGCAACAAAUUCUUAGCUGAAUUCUAUUUUAGAGUAAUAUGAUCUUGUGAAAAAUACUAUGUCCAGCUCGUCACAUAGAGUCUUUCUAGU